CUUUCGCCGGAACCAGACGAGUCUACUCUGCGCGCCUGUGACGUCACCGUGCAGAAGUUGCAGCUCAUCUUUCCCGUGUAUGACUUUGCUGCGUGAACCGGGGAAACGUUUGUCGGAAACGGUCCGGAGAGGCGAACACAAGGCUGUCAGAAAGAGGAGCUGAAGUCAUGCACAGAGUCCUCAGUCUUCAAGCUAGGAAGACGCCCAGCUGCCUCACUGGUCAGCGACGAUAUGAGCACCACAGGGCCAUUUUGGCCAUCCGUCGUGAAGAUGUCAAUCCUUGGGAGAGGAGGGCUCCUCUGGCCCCACGCCACGUGAAAGAGCUCACCAACAAUGGCGUCAAAGUCCUGGUCCAACCUUCCAACCGCAGGGCCAUCCAUGAGAAGUUCUACAUGAAAGCAGGAGCUGUGGUUCAAGAGGACAUUUCUGAAGCGUCUCUGAUCAUCGGAGUGAAGAGGAUGCCAGAGGAGAAGGUUAUUCCCAGGAAGACUUAUGCCUUUUUCUCUCACACCAUCAAAGCCCAGGAACCCAACAUGGGUCUCCUGGAUGACCUGCUGAAAAAGGAGGUUCGUCUGAUCGACUAUGAGAAGAUGGUUGAUGCCAACGGGUAUCGGAUUGUGGCUUUUGGUCAGUGGGCUGGAGUUGCAGGAAUGAUUAACAUCCUGCACGGACUUGGUCUUCGCUUCCUGGCUCUAGGACAUAACACUCCUUUCAUGCACAUUGGCAUGGCACAUAACUACCGAAACGUCAGCCAGGCCAUCCAGGCAGUGAGGGAUUGUGGGUAUGAGAUUUCCAUGGGGCUCAUGCCCAAGUCCAUUGGUCCCGUCACAUUCUGCUUCACCGGAACAGGAAAUGUCUCCAAGGGAGCCCAGGACAUCAUCAAUGAGCUUCCUGUUGAAUAUGUUGAACCUCAUGAGCUGAAGGAUGUUUCUGAAACUGGAGACAUGACCAAAGUGUACGCCACGGUUCUGAGCCGACACCACCACCUGGUGAGGAAAAGUGAUGGCCUCUACGAUCCGAUGGAGUAUGAGAACCGCCCAGAACUGUACACCUCUCACUUCAGGACCAGUGUAGCACCGUACACAACCUGCCUCAUCAAUGGUAUUUACUGGGACCCUCAAACCCCCCGGCUCCUCAAACGACUGGAUGCUCAGAGGCUCAUAAGACCCCGGAAAACCUCGUCUAAUGACCACGAAGGUUCACCUGCGCUGCCUCACAAGCUGCUGGCCAUCUGUGACAUAUCUGCAGAUACUGGAGGCUCCAUAGAGUUCAUGACCGAGUGCACCACCAUCGAUAAGCCCUUCUGCAUGUAUGACGCCGACCAGCACAUCGAUCAUGACAGUGUGGAAGGAAACGGAUUCCUCAUGUGCUCCAUUGACAACCUUCCUGCUCAGCUCCCCAUCGAAGCCACCGAGUACUUUGGAGACAGACUCUUCCCCUACAUUUGGGAGAUGCUGCUUUCAGAUGCAACCAGGCCCCUAGAGGAGGAGGAGUUCAGUCCCCAAGUCAGAGAUGCUAUCAUCACCUCCAAUGGAGUUCUCACUCCCAAGUUUGAGUACAUUGAAAAACUUCGAGAAAGAAGGGAGAAGGCCCAGAUCAUGAAGAAGGGUGGGAUGAAGCGUGUUCUGCUGCUGGGUUCGGGGUAUGUCUCAGGACCUGUUGUUGAGUACCUCACACGCAAUGAGAAAGUCCAGGUCACCGUCGCAUCAUCGCUAUUGAAGCAGGCAGAGGAGUUGGCCGCCAAAUAUCCCAACACUAUCCCCAUCAUGGUGGAUGUCAGCAGCCAGAAGGGACAUCUGGACUCUCUGGUCAAAGAUCACGACCUGGUCAUCAGCAUGCUGCCUUACUCCUUCCACCCCCUCGUUGCUAAACACUGCAUCAACAGGAAGGUGAACAUGGUGACUGCCAGCUACCUGAGUCCUGGCAUGAAGGAGCUUCAGAGCAGUGUGGAGGAAGCAGGCAUCACCAUAGUGAACGAGAUGGGUCUGGACCCAGGCAUUGACCACAUGCUGGCCAUGGAGUGCAUCGACCAGUCCAAAGCUGAAGGCUGCAGUGUAGAGUCCUACAUCUCAUUCUGUGGUGGGAUUCCUGCUCCUGAAUGUUCAGACAAUCCUCUUCGUUACAAGUUCAGCUGGAGUCCUUCUGGUGUACUCCUAAACACCAUCAACCCUGCUAUCUUCCUUAAAGACAACCAGGUGGUGAACGUACCAGCUGGUGGGUCUCUGAUGGAUUUUGCCAAACCGAUGGAUUUCUUCCCUGGUUUUAACCUGGAAGGGUUUCCAAACCGUGACAGUACCAUAUAUGCUGAGCCCUACGGCAUCCAGACUGCACACACACUAAUCAGAGGAACCCUACGCUACAAGGGCUUCGCCAGUGCACUCAGUGGGUUUAUUAAACUGGGACUGAUCAACACAGAGCCCCGUCCGGCCCUGCAGGCCUCCUUAUCUCCUGUCUCCUGGAAAGAUCUUCUCUGUCAGCAGAUGGGUUUGUCUUCUUCUGUCUCCCAGGAGACGUUUGAACAAGCUGUGUUUGAGCGGGUCCAACGGGACCAGUUCAGGAUGGACACCCUUAGAUGGUUUGGGAUGCUGAGCGACGAGGCUGUGCCUCAUGCUGACAGCGUUCUGGCUGCUUUAGCCAAGCAUCUGGAAAACAGGCUUUCCUUUGAAAAGGGCGAGAGAGACAUGAUAAUCAUGAGAAACGAUGUGGGGAUUCGACACCCAACUGGUGAGCUGGAGACCAAACACGUCAGUCUGGUGGUUUACGGUGACCCCAACGGCUUCUCCGCCAUGGCCAAGACUGUAGGAUACCCAGCAGCCAUUGCUGCCCGCAUGGUCCUAGAUGGUGAAAUUAUAUCAAAGGGCCUGGUGGUUCCCAUGACAAAGGAGGUCUAUGGACCUGUGCUGGCCCGGUUGAAGGACGAAGGACUGCACUUCAUGACGAAGAGCACACUGCAGGAGUAGAGCUGAGCUUUUAGGUGUCAGAAGAGGCUCUGAUGCAGAAAAACUCACCACUGUUCAUCCAGCUUCACCCGUUUCAUCACCGGGUUUCAGGAUGCAUCAUCUAAAUCUGACAGUUGUGACCAAAGCAGCGAGGACAAAAGUCAUUCCCUAAUCGUUGUUUUGGAAUGUAAACGUCAUGUUUAAAUCUCUGCUGCCUUGAAGUUUGAGGUCAUGCUGCUCAGGAACCAGCAUCUUUAUAACCCGUGUAGGACAAACGGGGACAAAACACUCACUGGUUUUAGGGACAUGUCUCCUAAAGACAGCCAUCAGAUCAAACACACCUCAGCAGUUGACAGAGCCAACAGCGGAGACCUGGUUGAAGCUGGUUUCUACGAGAAACCGAGUGUGACGGGAUCGGCUGAAUACUUGUUGAAACUCAACAAGAGCAGGAAACUGGUGCUGUUUGUUUCUCUCUCACCAUCCACCAUCUCCCCACUGGGUAGUCCUCAUCAAUCUGCCUCGGGCUGUUGAACGUUUUCUCACCAGGCUUGUUGUUAGUCUGAGGCCAGAGAUGUUUUAUGGCUGCAUUGGAUCGCCUUCAGAGGAAGAAUGAAACUGCUUUAAAUAGAUAUUUUUGUAGAUGUGUGCACAAUUCUGGUUUAACACUUGAUUGUCUGCAGUAGAUGUUUUUUCUUGGAUGUUUUCAAUAAAUCUGACUUUGGUGUCGAUGGAA